AUGACAACACCAUUAAAAUCAAAUCCAAAAACUUUACAAUUAAUUCAAGAAUGUGCACAACGUUUACGUAAAGAUGAGAUAAGUGAUUAUGAUUCAAUUUUAUCGGCUAUCGGUGAUGCUGAAAUCGUAAUGAUUGGUGAAGCAUCUCAUGGUUCACAUGAAUUCUAUUCACAUCGAGCUGAAAUAACAAAACGAUUAAUUCAAGAAAAAGGUUUUACAAUUAUUGCUUGUGAAGCAGAUUGGCCACCAGCUUAUCGAGUAAAUCGUUGGGUAAAAGGAAUUUCUUCAUCAACAAUCAAAGAUGCAAAUGAUGCUCUAAAAGAUUUUACACGAUUUCCAUCAUGGAUGUGGCGAAAUACUGUUGUUCUUGAUUUUAUAACAUGGCUUCGAGAAUAUAAUGAACAAUUAGAUGAAGAAAAAAAGAAAAUCGGAUUUUUUGGUUUAGAUUUAUAUAGUUUACAAUCAUCACGUGAAGAAGUUAUAAAUUAUUUAGAAAAUAAUGCACCUGAUCUUGCUAAAAUCGCUCGUAAAAAUUACCGAUGUUUUGAAAAAUAUAGUGAUGAACAUGAGUAUGGUGUUUGUGCCGGAACAAAUCUUUCAUCAAGUUGUGAAAAAGAAGCGAUUAAAGUAUUAACAAAAAUGUUAGAAAGACAUGCGAAAUUAAUCGCAAAAGAUAAUGGAAAUGAUACAGAUAUUGAUGAAUGUUUUUAUGCAAUGGAAAAUGCUAAAAUUGUUCGUGAAGCGGAAAAAUAUUAUCGACAUAUGUUUGAAAGUGGACAAAUAACAUGGAAUAUACGUGAUACACAUAUGUGCGAUUGUUUACAAGAUUUACUUAAGCAUUAUGGACCAGGAACAAAAGCUAUUAUUUGGGCACAUAAUUCACAUGUUGGCGAUGCUCGUGAAACGGAAAAACUUCGAGCGCAUAAAAUAAAUAUUGGUCAAUUAGUUCGUGAACGAUUUGGUAUAGAAAAUACUUAUAGUAUUGGAUUUACGACAUAUACUGGAACGGUAACAGCAGCAGAUAAUUGGGAUAUGGAUCCAGAUUUUAAACAUGUUCGAGCAUCACUUCAUGAAAGUAUUGAAUUUCUUUUACAUGACGCAUUAAUAAAAAAUUCAAAUCUAUCGGAAAAUGGACAAUAUUAUCUUCUUUUUCGUUCGAAUAAUCCAUCGAUUGAAAUUUCAAAAGAAUUACAUAGUGAAUUAUAUAAAAAACGAUUAGAACGUGCAAUCGGUGUUAUUUAUCGUCCACGUACUGAACGACAAUCACAUUAUCUUAAUGCAAAUAUUUCAACGCAAUUUGAUUGUGUUAUUCAUAUAGAAACUACACGUGCAUUACGACCAUUAGAAAUUCAUCCAUCAUGGGCAGAAGCAGAAAAAGAACAUGUACCAGAUACAUUUCCUAUGAAUGUUUAA